UAUCCCAACACGGCUAACCCGAACCCCCCUUCACGUGGCUCUAUUUUAAAGCCCACUGACGACGACUAUCUCUUCUUCCAAUCUCCUCCCCCGUUUGCAGUUUUCACCCACAAGCUUCACCAGCCAUGGGUCAUGACCAUGACGCCCACAACAACGGGGCUCCGGCCGACACCGGGUUCAAGCUCGUAGGCUUCUCAAAGUUCGUCCGGAGCAACCCCAGAUCCGACCGUUUCGGCGUGAAGCGGUUCCAUCACCUGGAGUUCUGGUGCACGGACGCCACCAACACCGCCCGCCGCUUCUCUUGGGGACUGGGCAUGCCCUUCGCGGCCAAGUCGGAUCUGUCCACGGGCAACCUGACCCACGCCUCCUACCUCCUCCGCUCUGGCCAGCUCUGCUUUCUCUUCACCGCCCCCUACUCGCCCUCCAUAGCCGCCAUGGAGAGCGUGGGCCCCACAGCCACCUCCUCCAUCCCUACCUUCGACCAUGCUGCGGCACGCGCCUUCGCUGCCAAGCACGGCCUCGGCGUCCGCGCAAUCGCCGUCGAGGUAGACGAUGCCGACACCGCCUUCCACGUCAGCGUCUCCCACGGCGCCAGGCCCGUGUCCCCACCUAUCGUCCUCGCCGGCCGCGCCACCAUCGCCGAGGUCCACCUCUACGGCGACGUCGUUUUGCGCUACGUGAGCUACAACAGCUCCAACCCCAACCCGCAAGAGGCCCACGACCCAGACUCCUGGUUCUUGCCCAAAUUUGAACCCGUGGACGAGCUCUCAUCCUACCCGGUGGACUUCGGGCUCCGACGGCUGGAUCACGCCGUGGGCAACGUGCCGGAGCUAGCCCCGGCCGUCUCCUACGUGAAAAACUUCACGGGAUUCCACGAGUUCGCGGAGUUCACGGCGGAGGACGUGGGAACGAGCGAGAGCGGGUUAAACUCGGUGGUAUUGGGAAACAACGAGGAAAUGGUGCUGCUGCCGAUGAACGAGCCGGUGCACGGAACGAAGCGGAAGAGUCAGAUACAGACGUACUUGGAGCACAACGAGGGGGCGGGGGUGCAGCACUUGGCCCUGGUGUCCGAGGACAUAUUCAGGACACUGAGGGAGAUGAGGAAGCGCAGUGGUGUCGGUGGCUUCGAGUUUAUGCCGUCACCGCCGCCGACGUACUACAAGAAUCUGAAGAACCGGGCCGGAAACGUGUUGACGGAUGAGCAGAUAAAGGAAUGCGAGGAGUUGGGGAUUUUGGUGGACAAGGACGAUCAGGGCACGUUGCUUCAGAUCUUCACCAAGCCUGUUGGAGAUAGGCCAACCUUGUUCGUAGAGAUAAUUCAGAGAGUAGGAUGCAUGCUCAAGGACGAGAAUGGGAAGGAAUACCAAAAAGGCGGAUGCGGAGGAUUUGGGAAGGGCAACUUCUCGGAGCUCUUCAAAUCCAUCGAGGAAUAUGAGAAAACACUGGAAGCCAAACGAAUUCCUGAACCUGCUGCAGCAUGAGAAUAUAUAUAUAUAUAUAUGAUUCUGGAAUUGGAAUUUACAUUCAAUAAAUGAUUACAUUGUUGCAUUGCACUCUGGUGUAAUUGUAACUUGUGAGAAGAAUAAAUUCUGGAAUUUACUGUAAGAAUUUGUUUACCCACAUGAUAUGGCACAUACGAAAAUAUUAAACUCCUUUGAUAAUUAAAGAGGAAAUGGGUCCUACUCCUAGAUCGAAUGUGUUGUAUAUUAUAUGUUAUUACUCUUGUAAUAUGAAUGUGUUGUAUAUUAUUAUCACUCUUGGCUUU